AUGACCCGGCUGCGGGGAGACAGUGGGCCCCAUGAUUUCGUUACCCCAGGGGGCGCAGGGAUUCGGCUUCAGCGGCAGCUGAAGGAGCGCUUCGGGAAGAGUCCUUUCCGGGACGAGGAGGAGAUGCGCGCGCUGCUACCGCUGUGCAAGCGCCUCAGGCAGAGUUCCUCCCCUUCGGCCGCCUCCACCACGCCGUCCUCCGGAGUCGCAGAGGGAACCCUCCAGCGCCUGGUGCCGCGAUCGCCCCGGGACAGCCACCGGCCCCUGCCGCUGCUGACACGCGUCAAGCAGACUUUCUCUUGCCUCCCGCGGUGUCUGUCCCGCAAGGGGGGCAAGUGA